AUUACAAACGUUACAUAUUUACACGCCCGUGUCCGCUUGCUAUAUAAACCAGCACCCGCUACUCUUCUUUUGCUCCCACACUAUUAUCAUACUGCUACGAACCACCACUGGCAACCAGAUUGCAGCAGUGGUAAAAAAAAAAAAAAAAACACAGGCGAAGGCGAACAGCUCCAAAACUCCGAAAGGUGGGUGGUGUGGGUGAUCACUUAUCCGUAUCAGCGAGUGAUGUCGGCGGACGAGUCAACAACUUUGGAGCUCAUAAGACAGCAUCUGCUGGGAGACUUCACUUCUAAUGAUACGGAAUCUUUUCUUAACAACCUUAGCCUUUGUUUCGCAGAUGUCUGCAACGACGAUGAUCAUAAUAAAACCACAAUCAGCUCCGGAAAGCCCGACCCAACAACUUCCGAGUCGGAUUCCAGCUCUUUCAUUUCAGACCCCUCAAAACAGCCCGACACCCCCGUUUCUCGUCACCUCAAACUCGAGCCCGAUUUCUUCGAUUUCGAAACGGAACCCACCAUCCUCAAACUCGAGCCCGUUUCGGGCAGUCCAUACUCAGACAAUCCCUUCAGGCCCGCUUCUGCCUCGGUAAAGUCCGACCCGUUUGCAAAUGGGUCCGGCGGAGUUCGAGACGGCAGGCAUUACAGAGGGGUAAGGAGGAGGCCCUGGGGAAAGUAUGCCGCGGAGAUCCGAGACCCGGUCCGCAAGGGAUCCCGGGUCUGGUUGGGGACGUUUGACACCGCCAUGGACGCUGCAAAAGCCUAUGACUCUGCAGCGUUCAAGAUGAGAGGAAGAAAGGCCAUCCUCAACUUCCCUUUGGAAGCCGGAAAGUCUUCCCCGCCGGUAAACUCUCGCCGGAAAAGUAGAAGAGAGUCUAGUGUGGCGGUGGAUCAUGGACAUCAUCAAGUUUCUGAAACUUGAUGGUGUUGCCGUUUGUGGAGUGGCAUUUGUAAAGCACUUUCACGUUUUAAUCUGUCAAUGUCAAAAAAAUAAAAAAUCUUUCGCAGAAGUUUUGCGGUAAAUAUUCAAGUGCAAGUGGCACUCGUUCGUAAAAUCACGCUAUUAUUUUUACCUCAUGCAUGUUCAAUCAUCAUGCGGUGGCAGUCCCGCGUGAUUAAAUACAUAGAUUAGAUUAGCCCC